UCCAGCGAACUAACCAUGCCUGAUCCAGUUAAGGCCCCGAAGAAAGGCUCCAAGAAGGCCGUGUCUAAAGCCACCAAGACCGGCAAGAAGAAGAGAAAGACCAGGAAGGAGAGCUACGCCAUCUACGUGUACAAGGUGCUGAAACAGGUCCACCCCGAUACCGGCAUCUCCUCCAAGGCCAUGGGCAUCAUGAACUCCUUUGUUGGGGACAUCUUUGAGCGCAUCGCCGGUGAGGCUUCCCGCCUUGCUCACUACAACAAGCGCUCCACCAUCACCUCCAGGGAGAUCCAGACCGCCGUCCGCCUGCUGCUGCCCGGUGAGCUGGCCAAACACGCCGUGUCUGAGGGCACCAAGGCCGUCACCAAGUACACCAGCUCCAAGUAAAUCUGCUGUUUGUACCAACAACUCAAAGGUCCUUUUCAGGACCACC